GAUCGAGAAAUGGGUCUCAUUUGGUUCGUACCGAAAGCCCACAAAUCACUGAUAUAUUAUCCUACACUGGAAGCGCUAAAACUUAAUAAAGUACAGGCGCUGGACAUCGCGUGCGCCACCAAUGAACUGAUCGUAUUGACCGACUCGGGUGUUAUCUUCAGACGCGAGGGAAUGGACGCCACGAAACCCGUGGGAACCAAAUGGAUGCUCAUUAAGAACAACAAAAGCAAAUCCAGGAUUACGUCGGUUAGUGUCCACACGAAAGAGUCGAUUCUGUGGUGUUGUGACACAAACGGCGAGACGUGGACUCACACUAUGCGGCCGCACAAGUGGUCUCUCAUUAACGACUAUAACUCGCAUUCAAUCGAAAUGAGAAAAGUUUGCGUUUCGGUCACCGACUGGACAGUGGUCUGGGGUAUCGACAGGAGCGGCAAGAUUUUCGUCAGAACUUUCAACAAAUCCGUGGAUCAGAAGCAAGACUUUCGCGGCGAUGAAUGGCUUCUCAUGGACGGCAUUCUCGCCACAGAUAUCGCACUCUAUGACCACACAGUGAUUAUUGCGGUCGAAGGCAACCAAUUGUUUAGACGAAGUGCCAAAAUAAGACAAAGUGAUAGCAGUAAUGAGUGGCAGCCAGUGGUCGUACCAGACAUUCCUCCCGAAGAUUCCGUUACUUCUGUUUCAGUGACUGAAAAUAAUGACAUUUGGAUAAUGACUGCCACGGGUUUGGUUUGGCAUACAAUCAAUCAGUUGGACAGACAUUCAGUGAAAGAGGAGUCCGAUUGGCUUAUCAUCUGA